GCAUUCGCAGAGCGAGAAGAGAUUUGGAGAGGCGAAGGGAGAAAGAAAAAAAAAAAAGAAAAAAAAAAUCAUGGCGAGCGAGGUAGCGACAGUGGCGGCGACGGCUUCGGAGGAUGCAGUGACGAAACAACCUCACAAGUUGGAGAGAAAGUGGACGUUCUGGUUCGACAACCAGUCCAAGCCAAAGCAAGGUGCCGCCUGGGGCACCUCUCUCCGCAAGCUCUAUACUUUCGACACCGUCGAAGAGUUCUGGUGUUUGUAUGAUCAGAUAUUCAGGCCCAGCAAGUUGCCGGCAAAUGCAGAUUUCCACUUGUUCAAAGCUGGGAUUGAACCUAAAUGGGAAGAUCCCGAGUGUGCUAAUGGAGGAAAGUGGUCCAUCCCCAGCAGCAGAAAGACUAAUCUUGAUAACAUGUGGCUAGAAACUUUGAUGGCCUUGAUUGGAGAGCAAUUUGAUGAGGCUGAUGAGAUUUGUGGUGUGGUUGCGAGUGUGCGACCGAGGCAGGACAAACUUGCAUUGUGGACCAAGACAGCGGCAAAUGAAGCUGUCCAGAUGAGCAUUGGGAGGAAGUGGAAGGAGAUCAUUGAUGUUACUGAUAAAAUGACUUACAACUUCCACGAUGAUUCUAGAAGGGAAAGAACAGCGAAAGUUCGAUACACUGUGUAAUCAAGCAAUUAUUUUGCUGUCUGGUUUUCUUCCAUCAGUUGUGGCAUCACGAUGAAAGUCAAUGGAAUUUCUAUGAUGUUAUUUUUGUUAUGAUCUACAAGACGUGUAGUUGAUAUAUAGUUUGCUAAGUAAGAUGUGUUUAAGGGAUGUAAUGCUCUUAGGUUUUUCAUAUUUUGCCUUUUGGUACUUAAUACUUUUAUUACUGGCUGUUUACUACGGCCUCUACUUGCAAGAGAAGAUUAUAUGAAUCGCAAUCUGCUGCUUUUCUUC